UUGAGAAAUAAAAAGGACCGUUGAAUAAAUAUAGAAAAAAUAUAGAGAGAAGAAGAUUGAAGAGAGAAAGAAUCGCUUGGUUUAUAAGCCAUUAAAGCCUUCCCUGUUGGAACUCUUUUGCAUAUAUAUAUAUGCAUUGAAAACUGAGAAAGGAUUGUAAUGGCAGAUUCUAAUUCAAGUACCGAUUCUGUUUCCAUUGAUGUUGAGACCAUUUAUCUUGGCGGAAAGGAGCAUAUUGUACGGACUGGCUGCGGCUCUGUCUCUGUUAUAGUUUAUGGAGACCAAGAGAAGCUACCAUUAAUAACUUAUCCAGAUUUAGCUCUAAAUCAUAUGUCGUGUUUCCAGGGAUUGUUCUUCUGUCCGGAAGCAGCUUCAUUGCUGCUCCAUAACUUUUGCAUUUACCACAUAAGUCCUCCGGGGCAUGAGUUGGGAGCUGCAGCAAUUUGUCCAGAGGAGCCUGUACCUUCAGUGGAUGAUUUGGCAGAUCAGAUAGUUGAGGUUCUUAACUAUUUUGGGCUGCGGUCAGUUAUGUGUAUGGGAGUAACAGCUGGUGCUUAUAUACUCACCUUAUUUGCUAUAAAACAUAGGGAACGUGUUCUUGGUUUGAUUCUUGUUUCCCCUGUAUGCAGAGCACCUUCUUGGAGCGAAUGGUUUUAUAAUAAGGUCAUGUCGAAUUUACUUUACUUCUAUGGAAUGUGUGGUCUGCUGAAAGACUUUUUAUUAUACCGCUACUUCAGCAAGGAGGUUCGGGGGUCUGCAGAAGUUCCAGAAUCAGAUAUAGCUCAAGCAUGCAGAAGAUUGCUAGAUGAGAGGCAAAGCAUAAACAUUUUACGGUUUCUACAAGCUAUAGACGGGAGACCAGAUAUCACACAAGGAUUGAAGAAACUACAAUGUCGAACCCUCAUAUUUGUUGGGGAUAGUUCUCCUUUACAUUCCGAGGCUCUCCACAUGACUGCUAAAUUGGACAGACGAUUCAGUGCCUUAGUAGAGGUACAGGAGUGUGGAUCAAUGGUGACAGAAGAACAGCCACAUGCAAUGUUGAUACCAAUGGAGUAUUUCCUCAUGGGAUAUGGACUAUACAGACCUAACCAGUUCAGUGGCAGCCCAAGGAGUCCUCUUAGUCCAUCUUGUAUCGCCCCCGAGCUUCUCUCUCCAGAGAGCAUGGGGCUCAAACUCAAACCUAUCAAGACCCGGAUUGAAUCCAAGCUCCCCGGUGCACAAUGAUAAUUUAAUUUGUGUAUUAUAUUGGAAAGAAAAAACCCUCUUUUUAAGUUCUAUUGUUUGUUUUGUUGCAACUCUGGAAGGGUCAGGCAGGGUAGAUAUUUAUAUAUGAGGUGUAGUAGAUAGGAAGUUGAAAUUCUUUUAUGGACAUAUGUAGGGAGAAAAUUGGGUAUUCAUUCAUUGGUAGGCAGAGAAAAAAGGAUUAUUAAACAUGUUCCCACUUUCAGUUGUAUUUGUAAAUUAGAAAAAAAGAGACAUUUAUUUAUGAAAACAUGACAAAUGGUGAAUAAGACAGCAAUUGAGCUGGUUAUUGUUAGUUAUA